GUGAUAACGGAACUAUAGUUUACCUCGAACACGUUAUAUAGUAUGUGUACUCGUAAAGUGUCCCGUGUUCACCAAGAGCUCUCCGCAAUAAUAGAAAAUGUUGCCGAAGCCAAGAAAAUGACGGACAUUGAGUAUAAUGUUAUAUUCGGAUUUGAAGAUGUCGAUUGCUUUGCAUCUGGAUUUUAUAAAGUACAAAUCAGAGGAAAACUACAUGGUUUUAAAGUUAACCAGAGAAUAAUAAUAAAAUGGCAUCACAGUAUUACAGAUCGGGCGUGCUUCAGAGAGGCUUAUAAAAGAGAAUACAUAUUUUACAAUAUAGUUACACCAGUUUAUUUGAAUAUUCAACGGUCUCUUAUUUGCAAUGAAGGCUUAAAAUACAAGUUUCCCAACUGUAUACUAUCAUCAAUAGAGUAUAACAAGGAAGUGAUAGUGUUGCAUAACGUUGAAGGUUAUAAGAUUUUUGAUAGAUUCCAAACAAUUGAUUUCGAGCAUGUCUUGUUGGUCAUAAAAAAUCUAGCAAAAUUACAUGCAUUUUCGUUUAUUACAUCGAAACUGUAUCCAGAUAAAUUUGAGGAGUUUAAACAGCAAUUAAACAAAGACGUCCAAUAUUCAGAGAUACGGAAAAUACCGAAAUCGUUGAUUUAUUACUUUAAUGCGUCUCUCUCUGUUAUAUCAAAUGAAAAAUACAAGGAUAAAUUGAGGAAUAUUUCUCGGCGGAUUGCUUUCAUACUUAAUAAAUACUCGGCUCCCACCACAAAAUACAAUGUGAUUUACCACGCGGAUUGUUGGCACAAUAACAUAUUUUUUAAAUAUAGGGCAAGCAGACCAGUCGAGGCUAUCUUAGUCGACUACCAAUUAGUUCGCUUUGCAUCACCUGUCACAGAUAUCUCUUAUUUUUUCUACAUGUGUACCGACUUCCGUUUCCUCUCAAACUACUACGACCAGCUCUUAGACAUUUAUUACGGGACCUGUUCAGCUGUAUUACGAGAAUGUAAUAUCGACAUCGAAGAUGUCUAUCCCAGAGCAGUAUUUGAAGAACAAUUGAAGGAGCAUUCUCAAUUUGGUUUAGUCGAAGCCCUGAUCUCUAUGAAAAUUAUAACAGCGGAAUCAGAGGAAGCGCAAAAAAUGACGGAAAUAAAACAUCAGGUCACUAAUGAUGUCCAAAUAGAGGACUACGAGAUUCAAAACCAAGAUAUUUUUGUAAAUAGAGUGAAUGGAAUAGUGAAUUUCUUCUUUAAAAGAAAUUAUUCACUAAAUGAUACCCAGCAUUCAUAAAAUAUUUAUAAGCUAAGAUUACAAUUGUUAAAAUAUUAAGCAUAAGUUGUUACUUUGGAAGUCAUUCAUUGUUGUUGUCUAAAAAACUUACAACCAAUUUCUGGGACGAAAUAAAUUACUCAGUUAUUAAUUGUCGCCAUAAAGAUUUUCUCUUCGGGCAUAAUUGUCUCCGCGGAAAAUUAUAACGUGGGUAUAGGUAGACAUUAUUUAAGAUUCUUUGUCGCUUUAAUAUUUCCAAGCUGUUACUCACUGGAAUUCUCUGAAAUUGUUUGGCUGGUAAUUGUAUUUUAUGUUUCCUAAGAUAUUUUCUUGAAGAUUCUUAGAUGAGAAAUAGCGUUUAUUUUAAAAACUGUUUUUGUAAUUUAAAAAUUCCAAUUAUUUAUUACUUAUGUCCACAUGAAGUCCUACUUUAGUUCUGUAUCGAGUAUAACAUGGAAAGCUCAGCAUGGAAGUAGGUGGCUUUGUAUAGAAUCUCGAUUUUGUAGUUGACUGACUCAAAACCGAAACUCUUCUGUAAACUAAAGCCUACCAAAGUACAUAAUAUGUACGACGGAACAUAAUUGCUCAUGGCGUGUACUUGCCUCCUCAAGCCAUUAAUAGUGAAUUUUCCCGCACCCGUGUCAAUAUCGGCAUGCUACCGGCUAUGUACUAAAUAAACCAGGUACACAAUUCAAUGGUACCACCGAGAACAUUCGAUGUUAUUGAACAUCUCUGUUGUUGUCUUAGUUUCUUUUUUAUCGUUAUUUGAAACUCAAUGAUAUUGUUAUUCUAUUGUAUAGUAUUGAAGACUACGGAAUCAACCAUACCUACUUAGGGUUCCAAUUUAGAUAGACUUAAAGUGAGAUCUUAAUUGAAGUAAAGUUGAAACUAAAGUCAAACUUUAUUGCAUUGUACUUUACAGAUGACAUGUUAUAAUGUUAUACUAAAAGGACCUUGGUGAGGCAGAGCACUAUUGCAUGCUUUAUUUUUUUAUUCUAUUUAAAAUCUUAGUAGAUAAUUCUUUUAAUUUAAGAUAGAAAA